UUUAAAGAGUUUAGUCUGGAAUCAAAUGGUGUGGAUUCAAACUUCAGAUUCACUAGAUAUUAAUGUGAACUUGGGUGAGUUACUUGUGGCUCAGUUUUCUCACAUGGAUGAUAGGAGUGGCAAUGAUACCUAGUCCAUAGAUUGCUGUGAAAAUUUAGCAAAUUGAUACAUGUGAAAUACUUGGAACCAUUUAGGCACACAGUCAGUGAUGGAAAAAUGUUAUCAAUAAAAAUUAAUGUAAAUCUCCCAGGCCCAAGAAAGCAUCCCUUUCUGGCCAGCUGACUAUAGCCUUGCUUUACAGUCAAAGUGAAGAUAAGGAAGGUGAGAAGGAGCCGCAGUUAAAAUUGGAGAGAAUUAAACUGUCAUGUGAGACCGAAUAACCCAGUUGUAAGGGUCAACAAUACUGAGUAAUAUUGACAGUCCUUAAACGUGAGGCAUCAGUCAGUUAUUCCCUGACAAAGAGAAAAUUUUAACAAACAUGGGGAGUUAGGGAUUAUAUUCCUAAUUAAUGCCAGUGACUACUUGUCCAUGGUAAAGAAGCCUAAUUGCAUACCAAAUAAAAUCAAUUUUUAAAGGCUUUCAGAAGGUUCAACAAAUAACUCAGGGAAAGGCCAAUUAUCAUUCAGAGACAAAUUAUCAAACACAAACAAGGAAGAGACUUCAGGAAUUAUGUAAACAGUAGCUGGCCAAGGCUUAUAAAAGGCCCAGUGUGGCAGCCAUCACCAAAACUCAAAAACUCCUCCAAGCAACACAACCUUCAGACCAACUCCCGACACCAUGGCCUGCUGUCAGAACACCUGCUGCGGAUUUCCCAGCUGUUCCACCGGUGCGACCUGGGGCUCCAGCUGCUGCCAGCCAAGCUGUUGUCAGACCAGCUGCUGCCCACCAAGCUGCUGCCAGACCAGCUUCUGCGGAUUUCCCAGCUGCUCUACUGGUAGGACCUGCGGCUCCAGCUGCUGCCAGCCAAGCUGCUGUCAGACCAGCUGCUGCCAGCCAAGCUGCUGCCAGACCAGCUCCUGCGGAACCGGCUGUGGCAUUGGUGGUAGCAUUGGCUAUGGCCAGGAGGGCGGCCGUGGAGCUGUGAGCUCCCGUAUCAGGUGGUGCCGCCCAGAUUGCCGCGUGGAGGGCACCUGCCUGCCCCCCUGCUGUGUAGUGAGCUGCACACCCCCAUCCUGCUGCCAGCUGCACCAUGCCCAGGCCUCCUGCUGCCGCCCAUCCUACUGUGGACAGUCCUGCUGCCGCCCAGUCUGCUGCUGCUCCUGCUGUGAGCCCACCUGCUGUGAGCCCAGCUGCUAACAGCCAGGUUGCCGAUUUUCAACUUGAAAUUUCCACUUCCAGUUCAAUUCAUGAACUAAUUAUUUCUUCAAGCACUUGUGGACCACUAACAAAUUCUUGAACUUUAAUUUGGCUUUUGUUAUGGGGGUUACCAUAUAUUUAGGCCUCAGAAUUAUCUGAUUCCUUUGUGGUCCGGAAAAGACUGUGAUCUCUCUGAGGAUGCCAAAAUACAAAUUUGACGCAAGAAAUGAAAAAGCUAAUUUAUAAGCACCGAAGCCCAUGCUCUGAGGCUCAGCAUCACCAAGACCAUUGGAAGAGCUGUCUGUCCUUCUCAGGACACUCACUUACUCUAUUCUACUGCCCUGAAUUGCACUCUGUAUGAAAGAGAAAUAAUAUAACAAGGUCUAAUAAACUAUAACUAUUGGUGCAACAAA